AUGGUAACUUGGUUCAAACAACUUGUCAUUCGACGACCCCGGGUAUGCGAGUUCUUCGCCCUUCACAAACGGCACGCCACCGCAUAUUCCAUUCAAAAAAAGGACUUUUAUGUCCGGAUAGCUCGAUCGGAGGCUAGCUGCAGAGCCUGCUGCCUCGACUUUUCCGAUGCCAGGGAGAAGCAGGACGACAAUAUUGAAGCCGCCCAUAGACCCAGUUGUAUAAGUGUUGUUAUCCCCUCUUGCUCUUCCAUAUGGGUCUCCUUCUUCAUCCCAACACUGAUCUAG